GUUAUCUUAGUCAACAGCUAGCCAAACGGCUAAGUGUUGCUACGUAGUGACCUUAUCAGCUCUCAGCUGAUAAAAGCUUGAAGAACCGCCAGGCUAUAAAUAAAGUCCCGUCUGCGCCACCAUGGCUGCUGUUGCUGUUGGAGGAGGUUCUGCCGUCGGGCCUAUUCGAGGAGCAGGCGAUGGGAUGGAAACUGAAAAGCCACCAGCCAUACUUGAAGUCAUCACAGAUGCCCCGCCGACGCUUUUACCUGAACUUCCUCUCCUCAAAGUAGCUAGCCCAAAGCACAACCCAAAACCUACGCAUGUCGCACAUCCCACUGCCCCACAGCCUCUUGGGGUGCUUCAUCUGGGAAAAGUCCAGAGAGAGGCAUGUACAGAAGUGGAAGCUGUUAGGAUCAUUGUGCCGCGAGCUGCUAUCUCUCGGAGCGGCCGAGUGGCGACGUCUGAAGGGAAAGACGAGGGACAGCAGGCCGAAGAGCAGGGCCCUCCUCUGUUGGUGGAGGACUGGAGAGGGCAGCUGGAGAAGCUGCAGAACUCUGAACGCCGGCUUCUGCAGGACAAAGAAGGGCUUUCCAAUCAGCUCCGUGUGCAGACAGAGGUGAACCGUGAACUUAAGAAACUGUUGGUAGCAUCCAUGGGUGAUGACCUUCAGUACCAGUUUGAGCGCCUUGCGCGGGAGAAAAACCAGCUCAUCUUGGAGAACGAGGCUUUAGGCCGAAGUCUUGCGCACACUGCAGAGCAGCUGGAACGCAUGAGUAUCCAGUGUGAUGUCUGGAGGAGCAAGUUCCUGGCCAGCAGAGUCAUGGCAGAGGAACUGACAAACGCCAGAGCAGCUCUACAGAGGCAAAUCAGGGAGGCCCAAGGAGCAAUUCAGGACCUGCUACUGGAGAGGGAGGAGUUCUCCAGGGACAUGGUGCUCAGCCACAGAUCCCUGGAACAGCUCCUGGUGUCCUUGCAGUGGGGCAGACAACAGACAUACUACCCCAGUGCACAGCCGCUUAGCUUCGGUGAGCUGGCUGCAGCCAAUCACAAGCUAGCAGACGCCAUUAACUCCCAUCUAUUGGGCAAAAACGACACUAAAAGCAACACGGGGAAGAGCAGCGGUGCACCAGCAGAGCAGCUCUGCAGCACGCCAGCAGAGAAGAUGGCUGAGAAGGUGUUGAAGGUGUUGAAUCCAAUUUCUUGUUCAGAAAACAAGGAAGAACCUCCUCUCUGUGAAUCCCCCUCUCCAAACUUUCUAAACAGUAAGAAGAGCAUCGGCAGGUUUCAUCCUUAUACCCGCUAUGAGAACAUAACCUUCAACUGCUGUGAGCGCUGCACCGGGGACAUCAUAGUAUUAUAAACCUCAUUGGACACACAGAGCAUCAGUCCGUUUUGUUUUUCUGUGAAAAACUUGUCAGACUACUGGUGUAGUUGUUUUAUUGCAUGGUUCGAUCCUGUCAUUUCAGUUAACAUAAAAAAGGAAUUAGGGAAGCAUUUUAGCCCAAUAUCAACCAUGUUUAAAACUAGAUGAGGGAGUCAGUGUUAUGAUGCGACUGCCAGCUCAGUUUUAUCUGUAAUAUUAAGCUGGAAUUGAUGUUUCUUAACAGCUUUCUUCGUACUGCCAUGAGCUUUUAGGUGAGGAGGCAGAUGCAAGGGCUUGCACAUAAAAAAGUGUAUGUGCAUCUUUUUAUUAAGGCGGCUUUUUUUGGUUUUGGGAAGGUUUAAGUUAAGUUU